UCUACAUCAAACUGUAUUCAAACUCUCAUUAUGCAUUUGCCUGUGUUGUAGCAGGGCUAAAUCUUUAUUAUUGCUAGAGAAUAUGCACAUAGCUGCACGUGCACGCGUGAGGAAACGAGGAUACCAAACUGUCGCCGCUGCGAGAAAGAGAGAGGGGACUCUGCCGUGCUUUCAUCAAUAUAAUCACCACCCUAAGUACUAGCUCUUAACAUUUUGUUUUUCGGUGUUCAGGCGAGAAGUGACAAGAAUAUAGACCCCUCCUCUGCAGGGCGGAGCGUGCAUUUUCAUUUCGUAUUUUGUAUUUUUUUUUCUACCCCUGUUCCCUGCUCUGACACGUCUGCACUGAGUGAGUGGCAUUGGCACACUGUCAAUCGCUCACUAUACCGCUGCCAUCAAACAACAUAAAACACACACAGGCAGAGGCUGGAGCUCAUAAAUUUCAGCAGGGCAAGAUAUUUUUUUGCGCAUCGCCUUUAUACAGCGUAUCCUAAUUAAUUUCUUCUCGUGGUUGCUUUUUUUUUUUUCAACCAGAAAUAUCCCAACUUUUUUUGUAUAUUUCAUAUUUUUUGUAGUCACAUUUGGACACCUUAUGCCGCAGAUUGUGUAUUUUUUUUAAAUAUUGUCAGUUGUCGCAGGAAACAUUUCUGCACAUUUAUAGUUGGCAACACCUGCAAGAUUUUUUAUUUGUUUACACGUUGGAUAUUUUUGUUGCCGGUGCAUCACUAGGACGGUUUGGACAUUUUGGAGACGGAAUGCGCCGGGAAUCCCAUGAAGAGCGCUAAUAGAUGAGAGAUCACCAAGGAGCGUUUCUGUCCAUACCACCCGUCAAAUCCCAGAGAAAAGACAGAUUGGCAUGAGGAUUCGUGCGGGAUACGAUGGACCGUCAAUUUUGACAAAGAAGUGUUAAGAAGAAGAAACAAUUAAUGCAUUUUUCUACAAACAUAGUCACGCGUUUUGGCACUUUGGACCGCGCGUAAAAAAGCGAGAGGACAGCGAAAACUUGGACAUAAGAUUUACGCAAAAAUAUCUCUGCUAGGUUGUUGUUUUUAAAACAACAACGUGUGCGCUCUUUUUCGCUAAAGAAACACAGCCGUGCAACCCCUUCUUGUCUGCAGCACUUGCUAUAACCGAUUUCGUAUAUGAGUUUUUCAAUUUGUGUGGCUCAGUGCACAGACUCUUUAGCGUCUAGUAUGGACGAUCAAGCCCGGAUCAUGCAGUCCAUCGGCGGUGUCAGCCUUUCUGGCCACUCGGUACAAGGAGGCAUGGCACUGCCGCCUCCACAUGGACACGAUGGGUCAGACGGAGACGGAAGAAAACAAGACAUUGGUGACAUUCUCCAUCAAAUAAUGACCAUAACUGAUCAAAGCCUGGACGAGGCGCAAGCAAAAAACAGGAAACAUGGGCUGAACUGUCACAGAAUGAAACCAGCACUCUUCAGCGUUCUCUGUGAAAUCAAAGAAAAGACAGGUCUCAGCAUCCGUGGUUCCCAGGAGGAAGACCCCCCGGAUCCCCAGCUCAUGCGUUUAGACAACAUGUUGCUGGCAGAGGGCGUGGCGGGACCAGAGAAAGGCGGCGGAUCGGCAGCCUCCGCCGCUGCAGCAGCAGCCGCCGGGGGGGCCGCCGACAGCUCCAUCGAACAUUCCGACUACAGAGCCAAACUCACCCAGAUCCGACAGAUCUACCACACGGAGCUGGAGAAAUACGAACAGGCGUGUAACGAAUUUACUACCCAUGUGAUGAACCUGCUGAGGGAACAGUCUCGCACGCGGCCCAUCUCUCCCAAAGAGAUUGAGCGCAUGGUGGGAAUCAUCCACCGUAAAUUCAGCUCCAUCCAGAUGCAGCUGAAGCAGAGCACCUGUGAGGCUGUCAUGAUCCUGCGCUCCAGAUUCCUUGAUGCCAGGCGGAAAAGGCGAAACUUCAGCAAACAGGCGACGGAAAUUUUGAACGAAUAUUUCUACUCGCACCUCAGCAACCCGUACCCGAGCGAGGAGGCUAAAGAGGAGCUGGCCAAGAAGUGCAGCAUCACAGUUUCCCAGGGGGUGGGAAGCACCAUCACAGUAUCACAGGUAUCCAACUGGUUUGGCAACAAAAGGAUCCGGUACAAGAAAAAUAUCGGCAAGUUUCAGGAAGAAGCCAACCUGUAUGCUGCCAAGACUGCUGUAAAUGCAGCACACGCUGUAGCCGCUGCAGUGCAGAACAGCCAGGCCAACUCCCCCACCACACCUAACUCCGGAUUCCAGAUGAAAGAUGAAGAGUUUCAGCUGGAUUCUGCAGAGAGCAAAAACACUCUUUUAACCAACAUGUUUACUGGUGGAUACCCUGCGCCAUGUUAUCAGUCAGACGGCAGGAUACAAUGAUGCUCUCGGGAGGAACACCAUGUAUAGUCCACACGGCUUACAUGCUAAUGGGGGGUGGCAAGAUGCAACAACUCCGUCUUCUGUAAUAUCUCCAACAGAAGGACCCAGAAGUGUGCACUCCGAUACCUCAAAUUGAUCCGCUUUUAUUGCAUCUUCGCCUCAAGCUGGGCAUGGACUCUUUUCACUGGCUAGACCAACUGCAGAGGAUUAUACAAAAAACACUUUUCACAACAGUUUGGUUUUUCCUGUACCUUAAAAUGUCCCAUGCCACAUUCAAAAUGACAUCAUCACCAAGUGUUUCCUGAUCGUUCAGUGUUUUCUUUACGUCUCCAUAAAUCAGAAGUCAUCACCAUGCUCUUAUUUGUUUGUCGUAGGGGUAAGCACACACAUGUACAAACAGAAAACAACCUUCAGAUUACACUCUGUAAACCUUUAGGAUAAUUAGCUCCGCUCAACUUAAACUACUGGAUGACAGUCGUGCAUUUCAUGUGACAUUUUAAACGGCCAUUUGUUUGUUUCUUGAUUUAAUUACCACUCCCAUUUUGAUAAUUGGGUUCUCAUUCAGUUCUUACAAUACAUAGAUUAAAGCAGCUGUUUCUUUGACUGUAAUGUGCUUGCAAUCUUGUCCAGCAACUCAACAAUGCUACUGUUGACAGCUCAAUGGCAGCUUUGUUGUUACUUUCAAGAUUUAUUUUUGCCUUACAGCCGUAUACAUUAGUAGAAGGAAAUGGUUAUUCAAACUCGGGAACAUAAAGAAGUGUAAUUGAUUGCUUGACUAUAACAUGACACCAUUCCAUAUUUUAUAAUUUGAUGUUUAGUAUGUACAUAUGUAAACAUUUUUUUUGUACUCCUUAUCAACAUAUCCCCCACAGUAUAUCAUUCCUUCAUGACACACAGACGCAGGCCCACCUUACACAGGAAAAGUUGUACAUAAUAUAGCAUAAGAGUAAUUAUACAUCCAACCAAUCAAUACACAGCUUUAUUACCUCAUUCAAAUUCAUAAUAGAACAAUAAUUCCCAACAUUUCUGUAGCUUAGAGUGCUCACUUACUACCUCUAAACAAUACCACCACCAUAUAUUAUUUUUUCGCCCUUAUUUAAUGUUUUUGUAGUUAUUUUUAUGACAUCCUGUAACACUGUAAACUCUUCAUCCUCUAUGUAAUCUAAUGUAUAUUGUAAUCUUUUAAUAAAAUGCCGUUGCUGUACCGCAACUUAAAAUAAAAAAAAUUAAAAAUGAUAACAUAUUAAUACGUUGAAAAAGAGAUGGGGAGGGGAGGGGGGGGGGCGGGUGAAGAUGUUGCUCUGUGGCUUUUACGAGGGAGUGCGAUGAACAUUGUUGAUAAAUUAACACCGAACAGUGAAACUGUUGUAAAUAUUGAAGGAAAAAAAACAUUUUGAAUGUUGCUCAUCUUGUUACUAAAUCAUGCGGAAAAAAAGAGAAAAAAAAUCACUAUAAAAAUGUAAUGCAUAGAGGUUUCAGUAUUCAGAACUGUACAUUUCCAGCUCUGUUCAACAGGGUUCAAAACUUCUUUUCUCUCUUUUUUCUAUUGUAUGUGAUUCUGAAACUGAAAAAGUCAUGACAAAUGAUUUGUGGCAGUGAUUCUAAUGUAUUAAAGAUGUUUAGUGUUACUUUCUAACCAGACUACACCCUGGACUGAAAAGUCUUCCUUGUGGUAGUUGUGUAAUUUCAAACAUGAAUAAACCUUUUGCUUUCAUGACAG